UUUUCCUGUAGACUACAUUGUGAUUACACUAUUGUGGAAUCGACUAUGAGUUCACGAGUUGGUGAAUUACGAUUUAUAACUGUGCAUCCGUGACUGAGAGGUUUGACAUUCCCUUUUGUAAAACGAAGAAAACCCGUGGCUGUGGGCCUCCGUCUUGUUAAAACCCUUGGCAUGACUUCGCAAAAAAAAACUUGGCAUGAGACUGGGCAGAGUUUUCAAACGUGGAGUGCUGGUGAGACUUGCGUGUGGGGUCCUGAAGACUAGUAGUCAGAACAGAACCCACCAAACCUUUUCCCACGUCAUAUUCAAAUGGAUCCAAUCAAGCACUUGCUCCCGCCGUGUUUGACCGCCUCCUCCCUCACCUGGUUCUGGUUGAACAAUUCGAGUCUCAAGCACAUUAGUUAAAGGAGGAAUUAUGAAGCUCAGCUACCACCAACACCGACACCAUCAAUUCAUCUCCUUUGCUUGACCCGAUCGCCUCCUACCACAUGCGCAUGGUAGACCUACAUAUACGCCUCACUGGUGUGUUCUGACCAGCGCUAGCACCAGGUUUGACCAGUCCACCGAGAAAUCAACAAGAACAGCCUACCUUCUUCUUCUUCCUCUAGAGCAGGAUUUUGCUGCUAUUUAUUUUUGGCUUUGGUCAAGACGAAUGGCGCGCGACGAGUGAAGCCGGCAUCGAUUCUACCGAAUUCGAGUUUCAAAAAAGAUUCUACUGAAUUAGAAAUCAGCUGGAUCGAGGGAGGGAAUCAAGAGCUUCAACUUGUCACCGAUGGAGGCCAUGGCUGCAAAAGGCAGCCCGAAGCCCGUCCCCAACUAUCUUCGGCCAUCAACCGGGUCGUGCCACGACGCGUGCAAGCACGGCGGGCAUCACGCGUUCGAGGAGAAACAAGCUCCAAGGGCCCAACCCAAACCCCGGAAGAAGCAGCAGCCAUCGGCUUCCGAUGACCACAAGACAAGGCUGGUCAAGGUACGGUCGGUGUCACGCAGGCGUGUCGGAGAUUUCAGCAAACCCGACAAGGCCGAUACGCCGGCCGGUGGGAGCGAGAUUGUUGUUGAGUGGAAGGACAUCGUGGCCUAUGAUGCAGCGCCAGUGCCAGUUCCGGCUCCAGCCUCACCCGACGGGCCAUCUCAUCAACAACCUGAUGGGAGGAACAAGAGGGAUGUGAAGGGGAAAGCACCAUUUGCCAAGGCCACCCAUCCGGAGAAGCAAACCGAAUCACUGAACAAGAGGCUGGCUAAGACCGUCAGGUCGACGCUCACCGGGAAGGCCUCCGUGAAGAAGCCUCAAGCCGCCACUAACAGUUCACCUUCUCACAAGAAGGGGGCUGGCAAGCCUCCGAAAGCCAAGAAAUCUGCGACAUUGCCCGUCGAAAACAAGGAAAUUGUCCAGGGUGACGCAACUCAUAAUGAUGUUAAACAGGGCAAGUCACUCUACACUCCCGACCAAGAAGAGCGUGCUGCCAUUGCUCUUUCAAUGAGACCCAUCCUGGCACCGGCACAUCGGAGGGCCAAGAGCAUGAGCAUCAGCAACCGAUCGGUGCGCUUCCCGUUCACCCGACAACCGAGCAACAACUCGGCCACCUUCAAGCUGCGCUCCAAGAGCAGCAAGGCACCCAUCCUCCCAUCCGAACAAGACAAGCCCACGCGGCUCAGGUUCAGAAAGGGGAGAGCAGCCGGCGAGGAGUCCAGCGGCGGCAUCCAGCUCAGGGCCAGGAGCCUGCGGAGGCGAGGGAGCAGCAUGUCCGGCAGUGCAACAGGCUUCAUCGUGCCAGAGGUGAUGCUGAGGCACCAAAAGACGCUGGAGAGGAAGAAGAGCCGGAGGCUGUCCAACAACCUGAUCGAGGAGACGGCGAGCAAGCUGGCCAAGAGCAGGAAGAGCAGGGUCAAGUCCCUUGUUGGGGCUUUCGAAACUCUCUUCUCCAAGAUCGGAAAGUAGGGUUCAGCAGCCGCAUUUAUUUUUGUUUGUCCAUGGGUUGAUUCUGUUUCUGCUAGUUCAAUCAGGCAGAGCUGAAAGCAAAGUCGAUGUUUUCUCUCAGCUUCUUGUAAUUUUAUGAAACAAAUUGUAUUCGAUGAUCGCAUGGAAGCAGUUCAUCUUCAGG